AGAGUUCGUGUUUAGCUGGAACAUUAAAAGUGUGGGACGGUCCGUCAGUGUUUAGAGUCCGUCGGUGGUGUGAUGGCGGAGUACGCGAAUCUAGUACGGCGGGCCGUGGGUCAGAUCACCGGUCACGGCGGAAUCAAAGGCCUUUUUCUGCAAUUUUUCAGGGCGAACGAUAUCAAGACAGGAGCCUUAGUGGGGAUUGACAAAUAUGGCAACAAAUAUUUUGAGGACAACAGAUACUUCUUUGGCCGUCACCGAUGGGUCAUUUACACCACAGAGAUGAAUGGCAAGAGGACAAUAUGGGAUGUUGAUGGCAGCAUGGUCCCUGCUGAAUGGCAUCGUUGGCUUCACUCAAUUACAGAUGACCCACCCACCACUCACCCUCCAGAACCCAAGAAGUUUCUGGCUCAGGUUCAUCAGAUUAACCUCAGUGGCACAUCUAACUGCUAUGUUCCCUAUUCUACCACCCGCAAGAAGAUCCAUGAAUGGGUGCCACCAAAGGCCGGAGAGCAAUAACUCUCCACAUUAAAUCUGUCCCCUCGCCACCACUGUUCUGCGGUGUGGGACGUUCUGUACAUUGUAGCUAAGAUUUAUAAUUAAAUAAAUUAAAAUUAAAAUGA